AGAGAGAGGGGGAGACAGAGAGGGACAGAGAGAGAGAGAGAGAGACAGAGAGAGAGACAGAGAGAGAGAGAGAGGAGGGACAGCAUUUCGAAUCCCAUUGCAAUUCUCCGAGCAGCCUCGGUCAAUAUUCCCAGUCACAAACUUCAGGGGAAGAGAUUGUUGUGUGUGUGUGUGUUAGAAGUGGACUGGGCUUUGUGUGGAGUUUACGCUGCCAGUCGGGGAGCGUGUGGGGAGACACUCAACUGCGUGGAGGGAAUUGAAUGUGAAGAGUCCCCGGGUCGGGUCGGGGUCGGGGACGUGAGCAAGUGCCUGGUGCCUUGGAGGAGCCUCGGAUGGAGAUGGGACGCUGCAGAGACCACUGGACAAUCGCCUUCCUCUCCUUCACCCUCUGCGCUACCAGGGUUUGGAGCAACGAGAUCCUGGGCCUGAAGAUCCGCGUGGACCCGGUGCUGACGGCGAACACGGUGUGCCUGACGCUGUCCAGCCUGACCCGCCGCCAGCUGGAGGUGUGCAUGCGCUACCCCGACGUGACUGCCUCCGCCAUCCAGGGCAUCCAGAUCGCCAUCCACGAGUGCCAGCACCAGUUCCGGGAGCACAGGUGGAACUGCUCCAGCCUGGAGACCAAGAACAAGAUUCCCUACGACAGUGUGAUCUUCAGCAGAGGCUUCAAGGAGAGCGCCUACGCCUACGCUAUCGCCGCUGCGGGGGUGGUGCAUGCCGUCUCCAACGCAUGCAGCCUGGGCAAGCUGAAGGCCUGCAGCUGCGACCUGCAGCGGCGCGGAGACGAGGAGGCGUUCAGGCUGAAACUCAACCGCCUGCAGCUGGAGGCUCUGAACCGGGGCAAGGGGAUGGUGCACGGGGUGAUGGAGCCUCUGCCCGGAGACCUGCCCGGCCCACAGGACUCGUGGGAGUGGGGCGGCUGCAGUCCCGACGUGGAGUACGGGGAGAAGUUCUCCAGGGACUUCCUGGACUCCCGGGAAACCUACAAGGACAUCCACUCCCGCAUGAGGCUCCACAACAACAGGGUCGGAAGGCAG